CUUCUGGAGACCGCCGACCUGAAGCAGCUUCGUAGAGGAAACAAAUCAGGAAGAACAGCCGAGGGCAGUGAGGGCGUGGGACGCCCUUGAUCCGCUUCGCCUGCGCGUGGAUGGACGAGGAGGGCAUGGAGUUUCUGCUUGAUGCGGUUGACAGGUUUCCCAUACGGGAGGAGUUUGCUGAUAACAUUGAACAGCCAGAUCCGGUUCCUCUUCUGUAUUUGUUACAGAACGGGGGCGACGGAGAGCAAGGUGCUAUUGCAGCGAACAGUGGUUUUGGGGUGGCUCAGUUGGCCGGUGGAGAUGUCUCGCCCGACGAGCAGGGCGAUGCCAGGAGACGGCGAGCUUCGUCUCCGACGAGGUCUGCUCAGUCAACUGGCCGAGUUAAUCCAGAGGCCCCCGGCUGGACUAAAAGGUGGCGUCUUGGGAGUGCGCCACCAGACCGUGUGCCAUGCUCAUCCAGGAUGACUGCUCUGGAGUUAACAAUCCGCAAAUAUGCGGAGCAACCGGACAAGAGCGUGAUGCGGCCUGAAUUAGGCCUCAGCUUUGACUCGUUGGGUGAGGCAUACGACUUCUACAAUCUUUAUUCCUGGGAGAUCGGCUUCGGAAUAAGAUAUGGGAAAAGCAGACUAAAUGCUCAAAGGACAAAGACGAUGCAGGAAAUUGUUUGUGGAUGCUCGGGAAAACCGAAAGCAGAGAACAGCAUAUCAUGCCGAUGCGAGUGUCCAGCACUGAUUAGGUUGCUGCGAGCAUCAGACAAUAGUUGGUACAUCACCGAGCACCGGGAAAAUCACAACCAUUCUCUGUCGCUGACUAUGGGUGAGAAGGUGCACUGGCCGUCACAUAAACACAUAGAUGUUUACACCAAGGAUCUAAUUAGGCAGCUAAGGGAAAACAAUGUCAAUUUGGGAAAGGUGUACAGCAUAAUUGGGAGUUUCUUCGGGUCUGUUGAGAAGGUGCCAUUCACAAAGAGGACACUCAGGAAUAUAUGUGGAAAGAUUAGCCGUGAACAAGCUGACGAUGAUGUCCGAAAAACGCUUGAAGUGUUUGCUGACGUACGCUCAAGGGAUACAGGGUUCACCUAUGUGGUGCUGGCUGACAAGACAAGUAAGGUCAAAAAUCUAAUGUGGGCGAAUGGCAGCAGCCGUAUGCAAUACAAAUUCUUUGGGGAUGUUGUAACGUUCGACACGACGUACAGAACAAACCUGUAUGAUAUGCCAUUCGGCUUAUUUGUCGGAGUUAACAAUCAUUACCGGAGCAUCAUCCUGGCAGGGGUGUUAAUGCGCGAUGAGCAAGAAGAGAGCUUCGAGUGGGUUUUCACAGAAUUUCUUCGUAUGAUGGGCGGGCCUGCCCCCAGAACUAUACUCACAGUGUAGGGCGAUGGAGGUCGCGAUCAAGAAAACUUAUCCUGACACUGUCCACCGUUGGUGCAAGUGGCAUGUCCUCAAGAAGGCGAAGGAAACGCUGGGCCCACUAUACACGAAGAAGAGCGAUUUUCAGGCUGAAUUUCAUAAGGUAGUGAACCACAUGUUAACGGAAGAAGAGUUUGAAUCAGCUUGGGCAACGCUGCUGGGUAGGUACAACUUGAGGAGUCACGCCUACAUGACCCAAAUAUAUGAAACCCGGAGGAAAUGGGCCAAGCCAUAUUUCAGGGGUGUGUUCUGUGCAAAGAUGACAAGCACCCAGCGCAGUGAGAGCGCAAACCACAUGCUGAAGUUGUCGUGGUUUUGUCACGGCAGAUGUCCUAGAGAAAGGACUUAGUCGUGGAGCCAUCGCGACGGGUUAGCUUGAAGGGGUUAAAGCGGAUACA